UCCUCGACCGGCUCGACUAGAAGACGAAGGGGGCGGCUCCCCGGCUUCCUGCGGCGUCGGUGGCGAGCUGAGGUGGAAGAGGGUCGCGGCAGCGAAGGCGACAGCAGUGGCGGCGGCGCCAUGGCGGGUCUCGCAGGGAACUGGUGUCUUGGGGACGGCUUCUCUUUGCCUUGCCUGACAUGGUACCACCAUCCCCUCAGCCUUCUGGACGGCGGCACCAAAGCCAGAAACUCCCCCCACCCCUCAAAAAAGUUCCAGCUUAAGUGCUAAUGCCAAGUGUUAGAUCUUGUUUAUUUAUUUGUUUGAAAUCAGAGACUAAUUAAUGUCAAGCAAAGCUGUUGAAAGAUUGCCGAGCCCUGGUCGGUUUCCAGUGACCAGAUCACUUCCAUAACUAAAACAGGUCUUGUUAGAAUUGCUGCCAAUAACAGUUUACCCUUUUGUCUGUAAUCUGUUGUUUCAAAGAGGAAUCUUGAAGUCUGGGUUUGGUUGUGUUUUUCUGUUGUUGUUCUCUUAUCUUCGAAGCAUAUGCAUUCCAUUUCAAGCCUGUCACUGUGUGAUAUACCAAGGACCAUGUGUGGCUUGCCUCUCUGACUUCCUGUUCUGGGAAUGCUCUGUAAUCUGGAUCCUGCUGGGGAAUGGGCCCUGUGGGAGGGAGAAAGGGAGAGGGGAGGUUGAGCAGGAUCAUAACCAGAGAAGAUGGUGGCAUGUCUCUGGGGCUGAUAGAGGAAAUCAGAGGUCACCAGGGAAAAAGAGACUGUUGUGAGAUUAAUGUUUUGUAUGUGUGUGCACGUUUAAAUCUCUGGGGGUGAAACUAACUGCAAAUUUAGAAUCUCACUUUAGGGUGCUGGCUCCUGAGUAGGUACAAGUUUGAAAAUAGUUGUCUAGCAAAUGGCUUACGGCACACCUGCUCCCACCUCCAACCCACACGUAAUAAGCUGUUGCUGUCCUGCAGCUGAAGCUCAAGAAACCUGUCCUUCCAUCGAAAUCCAAAUAUUCCACAGGGAGAGGUAAUGGUGUCACAUAGCACCCCACAACUCUCAACGGUCAGGGUACCUAAAGUACCUAACCGAAGCUGGUUAGGCUAAGAGACUAACAUCCUCUGGGGGCAUUUGUCCUAAGAGCCUUGCCUGCUGUUGGGAGUCCCACUCAGCCAUUCCAGUUCCUUCAUAACUCAUCUGCUCUAUCCUUGGUCUCGUGGGGGCAAAGCGGGGGUGGUAGAGAAAAUUUAAGGAAAGGGGGGUGCUGUGGACUAAGGGCUUUGCAACAAAAUUGUAGUCAUUUUUAACUCCUCCCAUUGUUCUCUAUCAGAAUAAAAUGUUUUAAUGGUAUUGCUUCUGGAAAAAAAAUUUUAUAAACAAGUUAGGUUUGGACCAGACUUCUAAGCACUUGAACAGGAGUGGAAAAUGAACACAUUCCUUCCGUCUUCUCCAGUGGACUGUGUUUCCUCCCAUAACAUGAGGGCUUGAUGCGGAGCAGAAGGGCGGGGGGAAUGGACUUGGCAUGUUUAAGCCGCCUGUGUGAGUGCAGCCCACCAGGGCAGCCCUGGCCGGGAAGUCUGUCAUCUCAUCAUGCCACACUCAAAGUCCUGCUGCUGGAUGGAUGGAGGAAACCCUGCAGUGAGGCUUUGCCAGGAUCAUCUGGGAAGCCCUGGGGCUGCCAGCAGCCUCCUGCCUUUUUAAAGGGGGGCCUACUGUGUCAAGAGCAUCCAGACACUUCCAUGCUGCCUCAUCUCGUCUCCCUAAGCCCAGCUGCCUUAUACUUGGGCCAAGCCUAGAGCAUCUGGGGCAGUGGGGCCAUGGGGCACACCCCUUGAAGGCUCUGCGAGGAGGGGCACCCUUCAUUGAGAACGCGUGUUGGAAUAUGUUUACGGGUCUCCCGGUUGAGUGUGGAAAACCACGAAUACUCCCAGUCUUGAGGCUUGCCAAGAUAUGGGCUUCAGAAGGGAGGUGUGGACAUUGCCUGCUGCUGAGUCACCCUGGGGCAUGAGGAGACCUGCCCCAACCUUCAGGCUGUGGUAAGGACUGGAACCACCCAGCCCAAGCCUUGGGUCGUACAUCCCCACCCCAGUCCCGUUGAGUCCUGAUUGCCGCUUUAAUGGCAGAAUGUUUCUAGCAGGUUGGGGUUCCCUGGGAUCUUAGCAGUCCUUUCACAGAGGGGAACUAAAGGUAGGACUAGGAGUGACUUGACCAGGUUCCCUGGGCUGACCAAUGGCAAGGCCACUACCUGAACUGAGGUCUGCACCCUCCACCCCCUUAAUUCUCUAAUCUUGAACUCAAGUUAUAGGUGCCUCUGAAGGUGCUGGUGGUUGGCCUGAGAAAUGCUAGGGGCUGGAUUAGGGGCGGGCAACAUGAGGCUCAAGGGAUUGAGGUCCUCUGUGCUCUAGAAGUGCUUGCGACAGCUGUGACUAAGGGAUUUCAGGAAGUGGCAGAAAGAUUUAUGGCCCUCCAGCUCACUCCCUGAUGUUGACCCGGGAACAGGUGUGUGGUGACAGGAACACAUAAAGCACAGACGAGGCUGAACAGGCGGCAGAGCCACUUGAUGGGGCAGUCAGCUGACCUCACGUAAAAGAAGCCCUGACUCGCUGAGGAGUGGGAGAGAGAAGUCAGGAGCUGAGCAGCCUGCCCACCUACCCACCCUGGCAUGAUGGCAGGGGAGAGCCCAGGGUCGGGGGCCUGGAUCCCUGCUGCCUUGGUGAUCCCGGGCUGACAGCCAGAGAGCACAGCGGCUCAGCUCCUGGAGAGCGAGGGUUGAAGAAAGCAGAGGGCAGCCGCCCGCGCCCGCUAGCUCCUAUUAGGUCGGUUCCUGCAGCGGUGCCCGGUGGCCUUGGCGAAGGCCCUGUCCGGCAGAGAUCAUGUAUUGCCUCCAGUGGCUGCUGCCCGUCCUCCUCAUCCCCAAGCCCCUCAACCCCGCCCUGUGGUUCAGCCACUCCAUGUUCAUGGGCUUCUACCUGCUCAGCUUCCUUCUGGAGCGGAAGCCUUGCACAAUUUGUGCCUUGGUUUUCCUGGCAGCCUUGUUCCUCAUCUGCUAUAGCUGCUGGGGAAACUGUUUCCUGUACCACUGCUCCGAUUCCCCGCUUCCAGAAUCGGCGCACGACCCCGGCGUCGUGGGCACCUAACAGCCAGCCCAGUUAGCUUUCCAAGGAAGCAGAAGACGGGAGGGGAGGCAUUGACAUAGGUCAUAAAGCAUUGGAGUUUCAAAUCCCGCAGUCCUGCGGGUGCCACAUUCCUGACGGCGCCUUUUUGGCCUGUGAUGUUUUAUCCUUAUAAUGUGAAUAAUGGGCACUGACCGGUGCUUUUAUUGUAGAGUCCUGUAGUCGUGGGUGGUCUUGUGGUUGUGUGUGUUCUGUCCCCAUCUUGGCCCCCAGCUGGCAGGAUGGCCACCCCCCUCGCCGCAUUCCCGCGAGGCAUCUGCACCCAUCCUGGUCAACUGCCCCAGCAUGACCGGGGCAGAUAAAAUGCCAGUCUCAUUGUCGCCUCUGUCCUUCCUUCCGAGUGUUACUGACUCCUCCGUCCCUCUCUUGGCUUCCUGUAAGUUCUCUUUACCCCCUUCCUUUUUUGGGGAGCACCUGUUCAAGACAGGGCUCGUUUUUGCACUUAUCUCGAAUAUAAAGAGAUUGCUGACGCCCGAGAGCCUCGCUUUUUCAUCUUUCUUUCCCGGCCAACAGGCUGGACAGCACUGUGUCUCGCCUGCUGGCCACAGAUCCUCAGUAUUUUCCCCACUUCAUUUUGAAGGAAGAAGUAACAGAUAACAUGUUGCUCUUUCAUCCAGGGGUCUGGGUUCCUGCUCAGCCACCCAGCUUCACUUCCUUUGCCCUUCCUCCUGCCUUUCAGCUGUCGUGAGGAGGGGGCCUCAUUGUGUCUCCCAUGCAUGCGCUGCAGGAUUGAUGUGCAGGGUGUUUAUGCAGAUCUAGCAGUCCCCAGCUGAGUGAAUGGGAGCGUACUUGUGUGUUUCAUAACAGCCAGGAUCCCCUCGAUAGGUGUUUGGAUAUUUUUUGGUGUGGUGUGCUGUGCGUGCUGCGUGUGUGUUUACGUACCUGUACAAGUACAUGUUGUAAAUCCCUUAUAAAGAAGCUUUAUUGAACGUGUUCUGAUUUUGAGGUAUCACAAUAGGUAGCUCAUAGGUGCCGCUACAGUGUGUAUUUAGCAUGGGGAUUGCAGAGUGACCAGCACGCUGGACUCCGAGGUGGUUCAGACGAGACAGAGGGGAGCGGUGGCCAUCGCCCUCGUGCCAGGAGUUUCUCCGGUCCUGCGCGUGUAUAGACUGUACCUUACGAAGAAUACACAGGAAGACUUUGUGACUGUCACUUGCUCUUUUCUUUUUUCUGCGCUUCAGUAAAAGUGUCAGCAAAUGAGACUGUCUCCUGGCCCCUGCCCACUGGGGAUCAGCAUGGUUGUCCCUCCAAUCUAAAGCAUCCAUCUUUCUCUUGCCUGAAGUGGGAGGGAGAUGGGCCAGGCAGAGGACAGAACUGGAGGCAGUCCAUCUAGGGAACGGGACCUCAAGGCCACACUUGCGGGACAUUUGGACUGCUAUUCUGGGGCUUUUAUUUCUGGUGUGUUCGUUGCACAGCUGUUUGAAAUGUUUAAUAAAGCUUUAUAAACUUUA